AUGAACAAUUUUUUGCUAGAAAAUCAACUCAGGUCUCAGCUUCACUCAAUCAAGAAAGGUUCUUCUAUAAUCAGUGAGUUUCUACAUCAACUUAAAACAAUUGCAGAUUCUCUAGCUGAGAUUGGAGAACCUGUUCCAUAUGAAGACCUGUUUGAUUACAAUUAUCAAGUUGCUUCUCCUGCAUUUGAAGCCGGUGGUUAUUUGGAACAUAGUUCUUCUGGUCCUGUAUGGAUACCUGAUUCUGGUGCAUCUAGCCAUAUGACAAAUGAUUCUUCAUUGCUAGCUACUUCUUCUGCUUACACUGGUUCAGAAAAAGUCAUGGUCGGAGAUGGUAAGCUUUUUCAUAUUUUCCUCAUAGGUUCUUCUACUUUAUCUACUUCUGCAAAUAUUUUUGAUCUACAUAAAGUCUUAUAUGUUCCUCACCUUCAACAUAAUUUACUUUUUGUGGCUCAAUUCACUUUGGAUAAUCAUUGUGCCUUCAUUUUUUAUCCAUGGGGAUAUGAAAUAAAAUCUCUGAAGAACAACCUUACUCUGGCUAAGAGAAAAGUUCAAAAUGGUAUCUAUCCUAUAAUUCCCUGCACUACUCCUACAAAUGCGUUUUUCUCUGUUAUUGUGGCAUCUUCAAGUAUAUGGCAUUCAAGGUUGGGACAUCCUUCUCAGAAGAUUAUACAAAAACUUGUUGAUGAUGCUGAUAUCAAACUAUCUAGUAAAAUAGUUAAUUCAGUUUGUGGUUCUUUUUUUGAUGAGAAAAUUUUUCCUUUUGAUGUGACACAUUCUGCUCCUGUUGUAGCUCAUUCUCCAGCUGUUCCAAAUGCUACCUCUGCCCAAGAUAUUUCUCUUCAAGUACCUCCAUCACCAGACCCAUCUGAUUUAUCUUCUUGUGACUAUGUUGCUGCCACUUCAAUAUCUCAACCGGUCUCUCAGUCUGCUGCUGCUACUACACCAACUGUUUCUUUUGUUCAAUCUGAUGUGUUACCUCCUUCUGGGAUGCAUACAAGAUUAAAAUCAAGUAUUCAUGUUCCUAAACCUCUUCCUAAAGAUUUUGUAGCAAAUAGUCAUCUCAAACAUCCAGUUCCAACUGUUCUUUUUAGUGUCACUGAACCAAUUUAUGAGCUAAAAACUUUUAAAGAAGCUAUUAAACAUCAUAUCUGGAUUAAGUGGGUGUUUAAGACUAAAUUAAGAGCAGAUGGUACCGUUGAAAGACAUAAAUCUAGGAUGGUAGAUAAGGGUUAUCAUCAGGUUAAUAUGGAGCAACCACCUGGUUUUGUUGACCCAAAUUAUCCUAAUCAUGAUUUGGGUACUCUCCAUUAUUUUUUGGGUAUUGAGGCUACUUUUGCCCAUACUUCUAAGAAGUUACUUCUCAUUCAGAAUAAGUACUCUCUAGAGCUUUUACAAAAACAUGAUAUGAUGAGAUUGAAAAUCUUAUUUCUUAGUCCUCCAAGUUCUCGAUCCUCCACUGAAGCGGAGUAUCGUGGUCUUGUAAAUGUUGUUGCUGAGAUCUUAUGGGUUUCUUAUCUCUUUGAGGAACUGUCUGUUCAAUUGUCUCUUACCCGUACUUCAUAUUGUGACAACAUGGGUGCUGGCAAUCUAACAACAAAUCCAAUCUUUCAUGCUCGUACCAAGUAUAUUGAGGUGGAUUAUCAUAUGAUUCGAGAUUUGGUAAAGCAUGGUUUUCUCAAGGUCUCUUAUGUUCAUACAUUAAGUCAGAUAACUGUUCUAUUUACUAAGGGACUCUCCAAGGUUCAGUUUACUGCUCCUAGAACGAAACUAAUGCCUUCUGUGAAAGCUUAG